AAGCACACUUUGUAAAAUCUGUGAAUCUAAAAUGUCUUUUGGUAGAAUUUUCCUUAAGCACUUUGUAAUUGCUCUCUUGUGGUUGCUACACCAACAAGAAGCAGAAGCCGGGAAUGUUAAGCCUAAACUGCCACUACGUGGCCGUAUUGUAGAUGGUGUGGAUGCUAUUGAGGGACAAUUUCCCUAUCAGGUAUCCGUAUGGUUUGAAGGGUCUCACAUGUGUGGUGGUUCCAUUAUAUCACCUUCAUACAUCCUAACCGCAGCCCAUUGUGCAUAUGCUGGACAAGAUCAGGUAGUUGACCCUUCCUUAUUGAGCGUUCGUGCUGGCAGCAUUUAUAACAACCGCGGUGGUCAAGUAGCCAGUGUUUCGGAGAUAACCGUCCAUCCUUCUUAUAAUGGCAAUGACAGCGAUAUGGCCCUCCUAAAAUUAUCUGAUCCCUUGGAAAUGAAUGCAAAUGUGCGUGCUAUUGAAUUGGCUACGGAGGAACCACCACUGGGUUCCUUUGUCACCACUUCUGGUUGGGGACGCCUUAGUGAAGGCGGUGUCCGACCUGAAACUCUUCAUUAUCUCCUCGUCUUGGGUUUGCCUAAUGCUAAUUGUAAAAAUUGGUUGCCACAUCUUUCAAACACCAGCACAUGUUUCGUCCAUCUCAAAGGACAAGGUGUCUGUAAUGGUGACUCUGGUGGCCCAGCUGUUUACGAAGAUAAAUUGGUGGGUGUUACCAGUUGGGUGCUGGGCGAUUGUGGUGCUGUAUAUGGUCCUGAUGUUUACUCUAGUGUGGUAUAUCAUCGCGAUUGGAUUACAAGAAAUUCUCGCGAAUAGACGAAGGAAAUCACUUAAAGAAAAUCCAAGCGAUUGGGUUACAAGAACUUCUCUGGAUUAGAUGAAAAAAAAAAACUGUAAUAAAUUUCAAUUGAGUAUUUUAA